AUGAAGUUUACUACAGCCCUUUGUAUUGCCUUGAUCGCUCUCGCUUCUGCCAGCCCGGUGCCUGAGCCGGAGGAUGUCCGCAUAGCCCGUCCUAGAGAGCCUGUAGACAACGAGGUAAACCUCCAUCAGUGGCACACCCGCAAGGGUGGGGGCUCAAGUGGAGGCUCAAGCGGCGGAUCGAGCGGCGGGUCAAGCGGCAGCAGUGGUUCAUCUGGUUCAUCGGGCUCGUCGAGUUCGUCUGGUUCCAGCGGCUCGUCCGGUUCCAGUGGCUCCUCGGGCGGCUCGAGCAGCUCUGGCGGCAGGGGUGGAGGCAGCACCGGCAGCAACCCUUCCAGGAACGGCGCCAGCGGUCGCCAAGUAGGCCAAGGAGCCGCACUUAUUGCGUUGAUGGUCGCUGUAGGGGCCACCGUAGCAUGA